AGGACUCGUCGUCGGUGCCCGCGGCUCUCGUGGGUUCAGGUCGGCUGUGGGCGGGUCCGCCGUGCAGUCCGCUGUCGCCGCCGCCGUCUGCUUCGGCUCUGCGUUUUUAGGCCAUGGGGCAGCAGGAUGUGUGGCGGCUCCUGUCGAGGUUCAGCUCCCUCAGAAGAGCCAGGGUUGUUCUGCAGCAUCUGAGGAUGUCCGUCCACACAGAAGCCCCGGAAGUGCUGCUGGAGAGGAGGGGCUGUGCAGGAGUCAUAACACUGAACAGACCCAAGGUCCUCAACGCCCUGUCUAUGAACAUGAUCCGGCAGAUCUACCCACAGCUGAAGAAGUGGGAACAAGACCCUGAGACGUUCCUGAUCAUCAUAAAGGGAGCUGGAGGGAAGGCCUUCUGUGCUGGAGGAGACAUCCGAGUGCUCUCAGAAGCUAAAAGAGCAAAGCAGAAUUUGACUCGGGUUUAUUUCAGAGAAGAAUACACCCUGAACAAUGCCAUUGCUACUUGUCAGAAACCAUAUGUCGCCCUCAUUGAUGGGUUCACAAUGGGUGGGGGAGUUGGUGUUUCCAUUCAUGGGCGAUUCCGAGUGGCUACUGAAAGAACCCUCUUUGCAAUGCCAGAAACGGGAAUAGGGCUCUUUCCUGAUGUGGGUGGCGGUUAUUUCUUGCCACGACUUCCAGGCAAACUGGGCUACUUCCUUGCCCUGACCGGGUUCAGACUGAAAGGAAGAGUCGUGCACAGAGCAGGAAUCGCCACCCAUUUUGUAGAUUCAGAGAAGCUGCCCAAGUUAGAGGAAGAGUUGCUGGCCUUGAAGUCACCCUCGGCAGAAGAUAUUGCGGGUGUCUUAGAAAGCUACCAGGCACAGUCCAAGAUGGAUCAAGACAAAUCUGCCAUAUUUGAGGAACACAUGGACAAAAUAAACAGUUGUUUUUCAGCCAAUUCUGUGGAACAGAUUAUUGAGAACUUACGGCAGGAUGGUUCACCUUUUGCCAUACAACAGUUGAAGGUGAUUAACAAAAUGUCUCCGACAUCCUUAAAGAUCACACUGAGGCAGCUCAUGGAGGGCUCUUCCAAGACCUUGCCAGAGGUACUGACCAUGGAGUAUCGGCUAAGUCAAGCCUGUAUGGAAGGUCAUGACUUUGAUGAAGGCGUUCGAGCCGUUCUCAUUGACAAAGACCAGAGUCCCAAAUGGAACCCGGCCAGUCUAAAGGAAGUUACCGAUGAAGACGUGAAUGGCUAUUUUAAAUCUCUGGGUAGCAGUGAUCUGAAAUUCUGAGGUGGCCAGACCUCCUAAAGUUUAUUUUUGGAGCAAGGGUCAGUAAACAUAUCACAGAGGCUAGCUCGGUCUCUCAGCUUGCCCGUUUCCAGCCUGCAAACUGGAAAUGGCUUCCUCACUUUUAAAUUGUUGGAAAAGAAAUGAAAAGACUAAUGUUCUAUGAUACGAUGGUCACCUGAAGUCGAAGCACCGGUGUUUAUAGUGAUUCAUGAUACAACAGUUAGCUGAUGUCAAAGGCCAAUGUUUCUAGAACUUUACUGCAGCAAAACCAUCCUUGUAUCUAGGCUACUGGAAGUGGCCAUGUGUGGUGGUUUGAAAGAAAACGGCCCCCAUAGGGAGUGGCACUGUUAGGAGGUGUGGCCUUGUUGGAGGAAGCGUGUCACUGUGGGGGUGGGCUCUGAGGUCUCCUGUGCUCAUUCGCAACCGCUGCCUGUGGAUGAAGAUGUAGAACUCUCAGCUCCUUCUCCAGCACCAUAGCUGCCUUGUCCCCCGUGAUGAUGAUGGACUAAACCUGUGAACUGUAAGCCAGCCCCAAUUAAAUGUUUUCCCUUUAAGAGUUGCCAUGCUCAUGGUGUCUCUUCACAACAAUAGAAACCCUAAGACGCCAUGACAUAUACUGUGUGGCCCGCAAUGUCUCAAGUGUCUCCUGCGAUCUUCAUCAGAAGUGACUUGCUGGGCCCUGGUUUAAAAGAUGGGAAACUCUCAAGUACUCCAGAGAGUCUUCAGUUACAUUCUCUCAUUAAAAUGGUAACAUUGGCUUCCAGUGGUAGUUUAUGUGUUAAUCAAAUUGUGUAUAGAUUAUCAAAAGUAAAGACCCUGAAAUUUGGAGGGGGUAUGUUAAUUAAUGCCUUACAAAUGUUCAUGUAAGAAAACGUGAAUGAAUUUGGAACAACACUUAACAGAAGAGUUACUCUGUAAACAGGAAGAGGAAGAGUCUCACUGGAAAAGAAGCUUCGUCUCCAGACUGCUGUCUCGGCCUCAGCUUUUCCGGGUCAUCGGAACAUACCUUCCCGGCAGAAAUGCAAGUUAUGCCUAUUAUUUGCAGUAUUUGCUACCCUGAAAAAAAUGGAACUCCAGUCUCUAAGACAGACACACCCUUACUUUUUAUAAGUUAUAUCAAACUUUUGUAGGAAAAGUCAAAAGCAAUUUAAAAUAGAAAUGUCUUUAGUAACUGGAGGUUGACAGUUUUCAAAUAUUUCAUGUGUAUGCAUAUUUUGCCUGCAGAGCCAUAAGAGGGCCUUAGGUCCCUGGAUGAUUAUGGGUAACCAUGUGGGCACUGGAAUUAAACCUGGGCCUUCUGGAAGAGCAGUCAGUGCUCUGUGAUGGAGGAAGGUCAUUGGCUAAUAAAGGCACUGCCCUGGCCCAUUUUAUUGGUUAGAGGAUAGGUGGGAGGAGUAAACAGAACAAAAUGCU